AUGCAGACCAUCAUCCCGCUCAUCUCCCAGCCGACGCCCCCACGUGCAACCCAGCCUUUGCAACAGCGUGAGCCCCCCGCCCGGACACAGGCGUCGCUCCCCGAGCGCCCUACUUCGCCUCGAAACCAAAUAGCCCAGCUCGGGGACCGAGAGGCGGAAGGCACGUCGAGUCGUCCGGAGCUUGAGGUGCCAUCCGCGGACUCGACGAACGCCCUGGCGUUCCCAACGACCUUGAGGGGACCGGCCCGCGCAUGGUAUAGCGGCUUGAAGAUCGGGACCAUCUCUUCCUUCGAUCAGCUCGCCCGAGACUUCGAGCUCAACUUCCUCGCCUACGCCCGUCCGAAGCCGUCCGUAGCGUUGCUCCUCGAACUCAACCAAAGGGAGGACGAGCCCCUCUCCCACUUCGUGAAUCGUUUUACGAUGCAGAUCCAAGGGCUCUCGGACGCUCACCCUUCUCUAUUGAUACAUGCAUUCAUUAUAGGCCUACGGCCCUCCAGGUUCUUCUGGUCUCUGGUGGAGCGACCUCCCAUGACGGUACCCGACAUGCUCCAACGGGCGAGCCAGUUCGUCGCCGCGGAGACAUGGAUGGCCGGGAGAUGCGAGGAGCACAAGAGGAUCAACCCGGAGCCGCCCCAGCAGCAGCAACCCGCUGCGUCUCGGCGUAGGUUGGACAGAUCCGACCCGCCGGCAUCAAAGCCCCCUCUCCCAGCCUUGAACUCGUCCCGAACGGAAAUAUUCCUCCACAUAAGGGAAAAGGGACUGCUCAAAGAACCUUACCCGAUGAGGAGUCCGCGGGCGCUGGCGGACCAAUCGAAGUACUGCCGAUUCCACCGGCAACAUGGGCAUGAUACUGAACAAUGUCGGGAGCUAAAGAGGUAG